CGAUCUAGUUGUAAGGGUGCCAAUAGAAGGGCGUUGAAGGGUAUCCAUAUACCGAUGGAUGGAUUCGACUGCAGUGGUUACUACUAAUAAUAAUUCCAAUAAUGGACCCUUUCCGAAUCCUGCUUCCUCGGCCCUGGCCUGAAAAAGUAAAACAUGGCCUGGGAUGGCUCCCUUGCGAGAGGGUCUAUAAAAGGCGUUGUCCUCGAAGUGGACGAAAAUUUACUUUCUGGGAAUUUUAUACACAAGAACUAUUAUUCUUGAACACUCGUUAAUUCUAAUCCUGCUGUCGUUCGUUUUCUUCGAAGCUUUCAAAGUACAUUCGCUUCAUCAAUAAACACACUCAGUCACAAUGCGGUUCACCAUCACUUCCGUUGCUGCUUUUGCUGCCACUACUGCAGCCCUCUCCAUUACCUCUCCCGAAAAGCACGAUGAUGUCGACCUGAGCAAGUCGACCACUAUCGAGUGGAACUCGGUCAGCUCCGACCCGUCCUCGUUCGACAUCUACCUGGUCAACAUGAACGGCUACCCCAACGUCAACAAGCUGGUCGCGGAGAACGUCAAGACCUCGGACAACUCUUACACCUUGAAGGAUCUCGCUGGCAUUGACAACGGCUCCGGUUUCCAAGUCAACUUCAUGUCCAACGACGACAAGAGCACCGGCAUCCUGGCCCAGUCCGCUCAAUUCAACGUGGAGUCCAGCGACUCUGCCUCUACUACUGCCUCCUCGUCUUCGACCUCGACUUCUUCUUCAUCUUCCUCUUCUGCUUCGUCUGCCUCUUCUACCACCACCAAGGGUACCUCCACCGCUGCCAACUCUUCCUCGUCCGCCACCCCCUCGGAAACCAUUGUGCCCUCCAACGGUGCUGGCUCGCUUAAAGUCCCCGUUGCGGCCGCUGGCUCUCUCCUCAUGGGUCUGUACAUGGUGCUGUAAAUUGGUUUUGAUUCGGUGACUUGUUGGAUAUGACUACUCGGUUUGGUGUGUGAUGUGACGGAUUGUUCGAUUACCCUUUUCUAUUUGUGGAUUUGUUUUGAUCAUAUUUUCUCUUUGGCUAUGUGAUAUGAUUGAUAAUAGUGUAUAAAUGAAUUCAUUGUAUUUUCUGCAAGUCUUUCGCUUUUGGUGCCUGAAACGCCAAUCACCAUACA